UCACCCUAUAAACAACAUCAAGAAGAACGAUAACUCAGUUGAAAAUCCUGAAAAUUCGGUAUACAAAAAGUUAAAAAACUUAUUUAGGAAGUGUUCCUGAAGGACUGCAGACCGCCAGUACAUAUUACGUUUCUUUGAUUGAAUAAGUGGGUAAUAGAAAUCAAAGAUGAACCAGGCUCCUACUCGUGGCCCUGCAUCAAAAAUAGAGCUUCAUAUAGAAUGCCAGCAUCUUAUCAAGAAAGACUCCACUUCAAAAUCAGAUCCAUGUGUGGCCUUUUUUAUGUUUCAGCAAGGCACAUGGAAUGAGAUAGGUAGGACAGAAAAUAUUCAAAAUUGCCAUGAUCCAAAGUUUGCCAAUGGAUUUGUGGUGGAGUAUUUCUUUGAAGAAGUACAGAAAAUCAAGUUUGAAGUGUAUGAUUUGGACAAUGCAACUCCAAAACUAACUGAUGAUGAUUUUUUAGGAAUGUUAGAGUGCAAUUUAGCUCAGGUUAUAUCAAAGAACCCUUUUCAUUCACCAUUAAAAAAGAAGAAUGGUAAAGACAAUAUGGCUAAUUCUACAAUUACAGUCAGGUCAGAAGAGGUGAAAGAAGGAGGAGAAAUGGCAUAUAUGUCAUUCAGUGCCAAAAAGUUGGAUAACAAGGAUUUCAUGGGUAAAUCAGACCCCUAUAUAGAGAUAUCAAAGGGAAUGCCAGAUGGCACAUGGGUUGUUGUACACAGAACUGAGGUAAUAAAGAACACACUUAAUCCAACAUGGCGUCCAUUUAAUCUAGCUGCAAAUGUUAUGUGUGGAGGGGAUAAAAACAAAGACAUCAAAUUUGAUGUGUUUGAUUAUGACAAUGAUGGGUCACAUGAUUUGAUAGGAACUUUUAUCACCACCAUUACAGCAAUGUCAGAAGCUAUCAAGCAACCAGUGUCAUUUCCUUGCAUCAACCCGAAAAAGAAAGAGAAGAAAAGAAGUUAUGAAAACUCUGGAACAGUUCAUCUAACUUCAUUUAAGCUGGAGAGAAAUCCAUCUUUCUUAGAAUUUAUAUAUGGAGGAAUGCAGGUUAAUUUUACAGUAGGAGUAGAUUUUACAGCUUCUAAUGGUGAUCCCAAAACAGCUAAUUCUUUACAUUACAUCAAUCCAUAUCAACCUAAUGAAUAUCAACAAGCCAUACAAGCUGUGGGGGCAGUAUGUCAAGAUUAUGACACGGACAAAAUGUUUCCAGCUUUAGGAUUUGGAGCACAGAUUCCUCCGGAAAUGAAGGUUUCCAUGGAAUUUGCAUUGAAUUUUAAUGCUACUAAUCCAUAUUGUGCAGGAAUACAGGGAAUUUUAGAUGCUUAUACCAAUUGCAUACAACAGAUUCGUCUUUAUGGACCAACAAAUGUUUCACCAAUAAUAUAUCAUGUUGCCAGGUUUGCUGAAGCAGCGCAAAAAGAGGAAGCCACAAAAGGGGCUCAUGCCUACUUUGCUCUACUGCUACUGACAGAUGGAGUGAUCACAGAUAUGGAUGCCACCCGUCAAGCUAUUGUGUAUUGUUCUGGUCUUCCCAUGUCACUGAUUAUUGUUGGAGUGGGUAACGCUGACUUUGCUGACAUGAACUUUCUUGAUGGUGAUGAUGGUGUUCUGAAAGGCCCAAAUGGUCAGCCAGCUCAGCGAGAUAUUGUACAAUUUGUACCUUUUAGAGACUUUAAAAGAGUAAGCGGGAAUGAUCCAAACGCAUCAGCAGCUGAGUUAGCAAAGCAGGUGUUGGCAGAGGUUCCACAACAAGUAGUUAAAUAUUACUCAAUGAGGAAAAUGUUGCCAAAUGUUCCACAAAAAUAAGACAGCAAUACUUAUCAAUGAAGAAACAAUUAUAAGUGUCUUAUAAGUUAUUUGUUGAACAAUUUCUUGAUUGUUAUUUGUUGAAUCUGUUUUGAAAGCUUAUUGCAAAUGUUAUAAUGGAAGCCUCAAUCAUUACCUCUUACUUUUAAGAUUAUGUAAAAUGAAAUCAAAUAGAACAAAAUAGCAACCUGUCUUAUCACCUCUGUCAUUUUUAUGGUGCAAAAAUGUAUAUACCACUAUUGUUGUAUAGCAAGUUAUGGAUUUAUAUGGUAUAUUUUGGGACUGUUUAUUUCAUUUUCUAAAUGUCUGACAUAAUUGCAUUAGAAUCAAAUUAAAAAUUAAAAGCAUUAAGAGCAAAUCUGGUAAAAUUGUUUAUCAGGUCAAGAUCUACCUGUCCUGAAAUUUUCAGAUGAAUUGGACAACCCGUUCUUGGGUUGUUGUCCCUGAAAUGGUAAUUUUUAGGAAAUUUUGCUGUUUUUGGUUAUUAUCUUGAAUAUUAUUACAGAUAGUGAUAAACUCUUAACAGCAAUAAUGUUCAGCAAAGUAAUAUUUACAAAUACAGUUGACCAUUUUAGGAGUUAUUGCCCUUUACAAUAAAUUUUUAACCAUUUUACAAAAAUCUUCUCCUCUGAAACUACUGGGCUAAAUUAAUCCAAACUUGGCCACAUUCAUCUUUGGGGUAUCUAGUUUAAAAAGGUGUCUGGUGAAUUCGCUAUCCAACCAAGAUGGCCGCGACGGCUGAAAAUAGAACAAAGGGGUAAAAUGCAGUUUUGGCUCAUAACUCAAAAACCAAAGCAUUUAGAGCAAAUCUAAAGCGGGGCAAAAUUGUUUAACAGGUCAAGAUCUACCUGCCCUGAUAUUUUCAGAUGGAUAGGAAAACCGGUUGUUAGGUUGCUGUCCCUGAAUUGGUAAUUUUAAGGAAAUUUUGCCGUUUUUUGUUAUCUUGAAUAUUAUUAUAGAUGGAGAAAAACUGUAAACAGCAAGAAUGUACAGCAAAGUAAGACAUAAAAAUAAGUCAAUAUGACUCAAAUGGCCAAUUGACCCCUAAGGAGUUAUUGUCCUUUACGGUCAAUUUUAACAAUUUUCAAAAAAAUUGUAAAUUUUUACAAACAACUUUAACUGAAACUACUGGGCCAAGUUAAUUAUAGAUAGAGAUAAUUGUAAGCAGCAAGAAUGUUCAGUAAAGUAAGAAGUACAAACACAUCACCAUCAAUAAAACACAUUUUUGUCAUGAAUCUAUCUGCGUCCUUCACAUAGACCAAGGUGAGCGAUACAGGUGCUUUAAAACCUCUAGUUUUAUCUCUAAUGUGUCAGAAAAGUCAGGUUUAUGUAAAAGAUGGUAUCCUAAAAAAAAAAUUGAGUUCCCUACCAAUGAAAAGAAGGGGACUUUAUUUGUUUUCUAAUUGGUUUACAGAUAGUUCUAUAUAGACAACACACUCACUGAGGCAAAGUCAUCAUUCAAUCAAUUAUCUCCACAAAAAUGUGUAUUCCAUCUUGACUUCAAAAGGGAUAUGAUCAAAUUUUUGAAAUGAACUUUAUUUAUUCUUUUAGAAAUUGAAAGAUAAUAUAUAAUUGUGUAAUUGAAAGCAAGUAAACAAAUAUACCAGUAGUAAACAUUCUAUUAAGAUUUGAAUAGAUGGAGUCAUUCUUUUCUCAACAUUUUAUUGUUUGUAUGUUGCACUUCCUGGCUUAGCCAUUCACAUCAUAGAUCUGAGAUAAGAAAGUGUUUUAUUGUAAGAAUCUUUUAACCAUUUUACAAGUUUUGGAUGUGCCAUAAUUUGCCAGCUUAGGCCAUGAUUCAACAUACCAUAAUUGUGUUAAAUGAUGUUAUUUAAGACAUUUUAUGUAUAUUGCAAUGUUAUUUGUAAACAGUUCUUGUAGUUCUUCAAAUUUUCCUCAAUCUUAUUUAAUAUUCUUUAUUUCGUUUUUCAAUCUGAUGCCACUUACAGAUCUAUUUUUUAUAGUGCUAUGUUAUCUACUUUUUGAAAGUACUUUGUUAUCUUUUUGCAUGGGUGCUUUGUUAUAUAUAUUCAUUCAUUUCUUUUCAGGAAUUUUUUUUUUCUGUCGAUUUUAUUAAUAAAAAGUGUUCUUUAUAAAGAUGGCAUUUAUCCUUCAUGUUAUUUUUUGCAAUCAUACUGUUAAUUUGUGUGAUUAUGAAGUUUAUUGACUCGUCAUUAUAAUGCAACCAAUCAAACAGUAUCAUUUGAUAUGUUUUUGUUUUUGAAUAUUAAAAAUACUUUUGAACAAGAGGGAAUCAAAUAUACUAAAAAGGUCAAAAUAUUCUGCUAUAAGGUGAAGGACAAAGAAAGCAAAAAAUGUUCAAAUAUUUUAUCAAUCUUUUGAUUCUAAAAUAUCAUAAGACAAAGUUAGAAAUCAAUAUCAGAAGAAAAGAAGAAAAAAUAUACAUAUAUCCAGUAAGUUUUUGCCAAGAUGAAUUUUGUUCAUUUCGUUAAAAACAAAAAUGUUUGUAGAUGGUAAUAUUCAAAUGAUUAUGGGUCCAAGUAAUUUUGAAUAUUUAUUGUAAAUUGUAUUUUUAUAUAAAUUGAUAUGUUUUCUAGUUAUUCUAUUUAGGGUUCCUUUUAUAGUAAAGUGUAUUUUCAUAUAAGUUGAAAUAAGUUCUAGUACAUGUAGUUAUUUUUGGGCUUCCUUUGCAAGUAUACAGCUUGGUGAUAGGUGGCAGUUUAUUUUUAUGCUAUAUUUCUACAUCUUUAUUGGCAUUUUAAUGUCAUGUAGGUCAGGUGCAGUAAGUGAAAAGUUUUGUAUAAGUUAUUUUUCUGUUAGAUCAUCUACUCAUCUUUUUUUCCAUUUCAUGAACUCUGUAAUUUUUGUUAAGACUCGAUAUCAUAUCAUGUAUAUAUUUUGUAUUAUGCUGAACUGCUAUACAUCACAUGUUUGCUACUAGUCUUAUUUUAUUCUAAUGAACAAGGUAAAUUGAGAUUAACUAUUGAAGACCUUUUAGAGUAUUUUGUUAGAAAGAAGUUUAUAGAAUGUAAACCAAACCUUUUAGUUAUAGAAUGUAUGGACUUAAUGAUUUGAUAACAAAAUUUAUGUUAAGAUGCUUUAAUGAUACAUGUAUAUCGAAUAACAAUAUUUAUGUAAAAACCUUUUGGAUAACAGAAUUUAUGUAAAAAAAAUUUGGAUACUAGUAACAGAAUUUUUUGUACAUGUAGUAACCUUUUAAAGAACAGAAUUUAUGUAAUAUACAUUUGAUUAAGAGUUACUUAACAAUGAUUUAUAAUGGUCCUUAUAUUAUAAAUACAGUAGUAGAGUGGUAUUAUGUUUUCAUGUCUGUGCAUUCAUUUGUCCAUCUUGUCUAUUCAUUAGUCCCUCCGUCUGUCCUGCUCCAGGUUUAAGUUUUUGGUCAUGGUAUUUUUUGAUGAAGUUAAAGUCUAGUCAAUUUGAAAAUUAGUUCACAUUUUCACUAUAUGAUUGUUUCUAAUUUUUAUGCCAAAUUAGAUUUUUUCACCCCAAUUUCACAGUCAACUGAACACAGUAAACGAUAGUGCGGGUGGGGCAUCCAAGUACUAAGGACACAUUCUUGUUAUUUUAGUUCCUCUAAUACAGUUAUUAGUAAACUUAUAAUAAACUAAAUUUAGUAUAUUUGAUACAUGUAAUACCUUGACAUGAAGUUUUGUUAGUUAAGAGUUUGGAUAAGUCUGGUUUCACUGUUUUUAACUUAGAGGCGGAUUUGGAGGAGGAAGUCCAGGGGGCCUGAUCCCCCCACUUUUCUGGGGAAAAUUUGAUUGUUUAUAUAGGGAAUCACUGAAACAUGACAGGAGCGGCCCCCCUCUCAAGCAGUCAGUGGACCCCCACUUAUGAAAAUUUCUGGAUCUGCAACUAGUUUAACCUUACUAGAUCCUACUAGAAAUUCAAAUGUUUCAUUCUGGAUAUUUGGUUUAGAACUGGAAUCAAUGUUACCACAUAAUGUAUACUGCUGUUAAGUUAUAUGUUGGAAAUGAUUAUUUAAGAUUUAGUUCUCUUUAGUAUCACCAAUAGCAAACUCAUAUGUUAGCUGUAACUGCAGCUUUGAAUAGACUUCAGGAAUUCUAGGGUUAAAAAUUUACUAUGUUCUAUGCAAAAUUUUAUGGAAAUAUACUAUGUGUGCAAUAGACGGAUGUAACAUUUAUCUGUUUUUCUUUAUUUAUUGAUUAUUUAGUACAAAUGUAAUAGAAAAUAAUUUAAAAGUAUAUAAAUAAAUAUCACAAUAUUGAAA